AGUGACUGGCUCAUACCACUGGAAACGAAAAAUACGCACAAUGUUCAACCGUUUAGAUUCGACCGGGGAUGGCUGCCUUACAAGAGAAGACUAUGUUAAGGGUGCAACAAGGGUUGCGGAGUAUUUGGGGUUAAAUGAAAAGGAAAGCCACCGUAUUUUACACCAAUUCCUCUAUUUGUGGGGACUUCACAUUGACAACGACGCUGAUGACCAAGCCGCCAAAGUGACGGAAAAGGAAUUCAUGCAGAACUGGACAUCGGUCAUCAACGAAAGCUCUUUCCGACAGGACCUCUAUCCCAGAAGCAUCUCCGCGGAUUUCCGCGCCAUGGACAUCAACGGGGAUGGUUUCAUCUCGAAGGAGGAGCACGCAGCUUUUUACUACGGUAUACAAAUCCCUAUCGAAGAUUCGAUGAAGUUAUUUGGCGUAUUGGACAGUGACAAAGAUGGAUUCAUAUCUAUUGACGAGUACGCGCGUGGAUAUCUUGAAUUUAUGUUGACGGAGGAUCCAGGUAACAGGUUCAACGAUUUUUUCGGACCACUUGUCGAAUGAACACAAUUCGAGCAUGCGCAGUGAUAUACAAUGUAAACUGGGGUUUGAACCGGUUUAAACCGUGCACGUUCUCCAUUUUGCCUCUCUUAGAAAUAAUCAGCCCAUAAUGAUAUGCGUGGUACAAUAUAUGGUGGAAUCAGAAUAUUAAAUGAAUG